AGUUAGCUGACAAGUAGUUGUCGAGUUGCACUGCAACAGCUUUCUCUAUUACCUUAGAGACCAUUUUUAAAUUUGAAAUAGGGCGAUAGUUGGCAAGAAUUUCUUUAUUUAGGGAAGGUUUUUUUAACAGGCUACGAAGAACUGCAGUUUUAAAACAAAACGGAACAGUACCAGAUAAGAGCGAUUGAUUGACAAUGUUACAGAUUACGGGCAACAACAAACAAAGAUUAUGACGUAAUAGGUCAGCAGGAAUGGGAUCGAGGCUACACGACUUGGACAACAGCUUCUUACAGUGUCUUCCCAUAGUUUCGGAUAUUUUGCGAUGCAAAUCCAGAGGAUCCAGCAUCAUUGUGGUUCUUUCUCCACUUCGAUCUUUGAUGGAAGAUCAUGUGCUAUAUCUAAAUAAUAUUGGGAUUCCAGCAAUUGCCAUCGGUGACGAGGAAGAUGCUGAAAUCAUCCAGCAGAUCGUAAAUGGCAACUAUGUCGUGUUGUUUGGUUCCCCAGAGUGCUUUCUGUCUACKACAACAUGGAGAGGAAUUUUCUGCACGCCAAGCUUCAGGGAUAUGAUGAUCGGCGUCGUAAUAGAUGAAGCUCACUGCAUCGUUCAAUGGGGGCUAACAGGUACCAAGAAGGUCCCAUUCAGGAAGUGGUAUGGUUGCUUAGGAGAAUUACAUUCUUUGAUUCCCAAAGAUACUAAAUCAGUGAUCCUAACAGCAACUGCCACCAAGGCAACCAAGGAACAAAUAAUGGAAACCCUGAACCUGUCACCAAAGGAUGUGCAAAUGAUCCAGCAGAGUCCUGACAGGCCAAAUUUAUUUUAUUCUACACAAUAUGUAGAUAAAAAUGAGCCAUUGGAGAUUGUGUUUGGGCGGCUUAUUAAUGAAGUUGAUGAUAUGGGUGCAAACAUGCCAAGAACAUUAAUAUACUGUCAAACACGAAAGCAGUGUUCAGUUCUGUACCGAAUGUUUGAAGUUUUUUUGGRUCUGAAGAUGUACAGUGGUGGAGUAACCAAUCCACAAAAAAGACUGGUUGAAAUGUUUCAUGCUGGCACCCCUAAAAGAGUUAAGGAACACAUAAUCGAAAAUAUGGCAAAGGAUGAUGGACAUUUACGAGUUGUCAUUUGUACUGUUGCCUUCGGCAUGGGUAUCAAUUGCAGGAAGGUUAGACAGAUUGUGCAUUUUGGACCAUCGAAGACAGUGGAACAGUAUGUUCAAGAGUGUGGGCGUGCUGGACGGGAUGGACUUCCAAGCUCUUGCAUCCUGCUGUUCAAUGGACUACUGUCAGCCCACUGUGAUAGGGAUAUGAAGGCUUAUGUCCAACAAGAAGGAUGCUCGCGUAUAUGGUUAAUGAGCCAUUUUGAAAGUAAAGUGGCAAGUAACAGUUUACUUCACMAAUGCUGUGGACAAUGUGCAAUGAAAUGCAGGUGUAGUGACAAGGAUUGCAGGGUGCUUUGGAGUCCCAAUUUGAAUGGAGAUACAACAAAAAAGUCACCAGUCCAGAAAUUAAUGACCACCAUCAAUGCACAUGCUCAUCAUGAAAGRGCCAAAUUUACAAGAGUUGUCAGUGAACAACAAAGGGAGAAACUGAGAUUGGAACUUCAUUGCUUCCAGCRAGAAAUGAUGAAGGAGGUACAAGUGGAUACUAUGGUGACAUGUCCCAAUGUACUCAUGGAGUUUAAUUCUUUCCAUAUUAAUCAAGUGAUUGAACACUGCAGCAUUCUUUUUACCAUCCAAGAUGUUGUAGAGUUGGUAGAAAUAUGGAGAAUGAAAUAUGCCACUGCCAUUCUCACAGCUUUAGACAAAGUCUUCAGUGAUAUAGAUGCUGCUGAAAUACAAAUGGAUGUGUUUCCACCUGAAAUGUCAAAUUAUUCUGACUGGAGUCAAGUCAGGGAUGACACUACACUGGUAGGGAUGUUGAACAGCCAAGAUUUAGAGGAUCUAAGUUCUUUUAACACAUGUAUGGACACAGCAGACAGUAGUUUUUUAGAUAGUACUUCUUAUCAGAGUUUGAGUACUGCUUAGAGCUUUUAUCCAUAAGUUAAAUCUCUCUUACCCAUUUCUUUUUUUCAUUUGAAAAAAAGCAAAGUUUAUCACAUUGUCCUGGUUUUGAGAUAUUUUCCUCAUAAGGACAGUCCCCUCUCUAAAUGUGCAUAUAUUAUGCAAUAAAAUGAACAUUUGCAAAAGCUAAGUUUAGAUUUGAGUAGCAUGUGAAAUAGCUUUUUAACCCUGGAUUCAUCAAAAACUACAAAAAGGUAAAAGCUUUGGAAUACACGUAGUUAAACAUUGAGUGACAUCACUAUUUCUAAAACAUUUCUUUAAGAAACAGAUUUCAGAAAUAAAGUCAUUUAUCUUAGCAAAAUCAGAAAAUUAAGUGUGAUUAUCCCAAGAGAUGUCUUAUCAGUAAUUCAUGAUGCAUUAUUCCAUGAGAAACUUCGUGUCAAUUUUAUACGAUUUUUUCCUAUGAGAAUGAAACUAUCUGAAGGAUUCAAACUCUAAUUGUCAGAUUUUGCCAGAGCAUUUUUCAUAUUUCAAAAAAGGCUGUCAAGAGCUUCUUGUAACAUCUAUAUUCUAUAGCUUUUACAAUUGUGUCAUUUUGGUUGAAGAUUUUUAGCAGUACAGACAUGUCUUGUGGAGAAUGUAAAUGUGCCAGGAAAAAUGAAGUCAUUUAUGAUUACGUGGUUAAUGAAACACUUAUAUGUACAUAUUCAGGUAUUAUUAACUGCAUUUUUCCAAUUUCUCUUAUUGCAUUUAUUAUUUUUCUCAACUACAUGGACUUUAUAUUUAAGUUCUAUGCAAAUAAUUAUAAUAUAUAAGAAGUACAAGUGGUAAUUCCAAUAUUUUCCUUAACUUGUUUCUGGAACAUAACAGGACUCUUAAAGUCAGAACUCUAGUUGUUAAAGUACCAGGGGCUGAUCCAGGGGAGGGGUGCAGGG